GUGAUUUCAAAAGACAAUUACUCGAUUCAGUGACGAAUCGUUCCCGUGAUUGAUGACAAAAAACAUUAAAUAAUUUUCCGUAGUCAUUCAAUAUCAUAGAAACUAACAUGGCGACAGGACAUCUUCUCUUGUUUGUCUUUGCCAUUUGCAUCGUACCAGCACUGCAACAAGUAUGGAAUCCACCGUCUAACGCAAACGCACAGCCUUCAUGGCAGAACCCUGCUCCAGCCCCACAACAAGUACAAGCACAACCUGUACAGCCUGCACAACAAACCUGGAACCAGCCUGCUCAGCAGACAGGUCCACAACAGUGGGGAGCUGCUCCACCUGCAGCUAACACACAGCCUGCAGCUAAAACAUCGGUAUGGAAUCAGCAAACACAGUCACAGCCACAGCCACAGCCACAACAACAACCAGCAACUGGAAACACAGAAGCAGAGCCUAAAACUACACAAAAAGGAUCGGGUGUUGGUGUACGGAUGCUGCCAAUAAAACCUGGAGAUGGUAAAACCUUUCCAAGUAUGGGCCAGAACGUAACAGUUCACUAUACGGGUAAAUUGUAUUCAAAUGGUCAACAAUUUGAUUCCUCCUUGGAACGAGCAGAGCCAUUUACAUUUACACUUGGAGUUGGACAAGUGAUUAGAGGCUGGGACAUUGCCGUAGCACAUUUGACACUAGGACAAAAAGCAAGGUUUACAGUUGGACCUGAAUAUGCAUACGGAGAACAGGGAAUAAAAGGAACUAUACCACCAAAAUCAAUACUUGUAUUUGAUGUUGAGCUACUAUCCAUCCAGUGAACAGGAACGUGAAAGUAAAGAUAUCUACAUCCACCGCUGAUCUAUAGAGAAAUGUUUACUACAAAAGACACUCAAACUAUGUAUUUGUUAAAUAAACUAUUUUGUUUAUAUGAGAGUAAAGUUUUAUGCUGUAAACAUAUUAUACCUGUACUAAGGCAUGCUAUCUGAAUCAUAUGUUGUUCAGUGUUACUUGUUAUCUUUGUUUGAUAUAGUCAGUCGGUUGGUCCAUUACAGCAUGUAUAUUAUUUUGAUCAUUCAUUUCAUCCUUUUUAAUUAUCAUCUAUAGGCCUCAGACCACUAUUAUGUUUACCAUUGGCCACAAUGCCUUUCAACUGAAUUUUAAAAUGUGCACCGGUUCAAACAUGAAAUACAUUCAACUGCUUUAAUAUAGACCAUUAUUAUUCUAAUGAAACAUCCUUUUUCCAGUACUAAUUUCUCUCUUGAGAGCCCUGAAAACAUGCAAAGGGUAUGAGUUGAGUCUUUAAUAACUGCCAAAGGCUAAUUUCUAACUUACUUUCAUUUUUGCAAAAUCACAACUUUCACUUUCAACAAUUAAUUUUUCCCACAACUUUUACUCUUAUCAUUAUAUAUGCAACUUUAAUAGAACCACUUAAAAAUUAGUCAACUUUUCACUGAAAACAGUAGCAAGCAAAAUCCAGAAGAACUAUCCCCUUUAUUACUUGAGAAGGGGAUUAGUUGUGGUGUGAAGCCAAUAUUUCAUUCAUUAAACAAUACUGUCUAUCUGAGUGAGACAAACAUAUAUGAAUUAAACAAAGAAGCCCAUGACUAUGGGCAACACUGAAAUUGGCAAACCAUACAGUACUGUGAACUCAUAAUAUUUAUUUUGGGGUACAAUUUAUGGUCGAUUUCGUUGGUCAAGGUUAACCAUACAUUAUAAUGUUCAUCAAAAUACAAAUUUUCUAUGGUCUUGUAUGCAGAAUUUGAUAAAUUCAUGAAAAUUUGUAUACCUGAAAAUAAAUGAAUUUAUUGUA